AAUCUCCAUAGCCAAUCGGUUAACAAACUGUGCAUAUAUAAAGCAGCUAAUCUGAAAGAUUUAUUUAAUCCAAAGCAACGGUUAAAAUGAUUUUCGGUCUUUUCUUCUUGGUCUUAGGAGCGUCUGGCCACUUUACGGAUGAUUUGUACCUACAACUAGCAAGGAAUCAUUCUCACGAAAAUGUUAUUUCCUCGCCCCUGUCGGUUGAAAUUGCCAUUGCCAUGACCUAUUUGGCAGCUGGGGGGGAAACAGCCCAGGAAAUCGAAAAAACUCUUAAACUGCCCUCGGAUAGGAAGGUGGUGGCUAAAAAAUACAAGGAGUUACUCGAAAACAUCGAAGGACGGGAAAAAGUAGCUACUCUUUACCUGGCGAACCGUAUAUAUGUCGUCGAUAAAUACCGUAUUAAUCCGGGGUAUAAUGAGAUGGUUAAGGAUUCCUUCAAGGCAGAAGCAAAAUCCCUGAACGUAAACGAUCCCUCUCGGGCGGCAGCCAUUGUAAACAACUGGGUAAAUGAAACUACUCGCGGAAAGAUUGAUAAAUUAGUUACCGAGGAUGAUGUGUCAAAUGAUCUAGUGGCGAUGCUCCUUAACGCAAUUUACUUUAAAGGCCAAUGGCAGUAUAAGUUUAACCCCGACGAAACUAAGAAGGAAGAUUUCCGAGUAUCUGACCAAAAACGAGUUCCUGUCGAGAUGAUGAAUCUAGAGACUCACUUAAGAUACGAUUAUGUAGAAUCAUUAGAUGUACAAGUCGUCGAGCUUCCCUUUCUCAACUCAAGCCUCAACAUGGUCAUCUAUUUACCCAAAAAAGUGGAAGGCCUUAAAGCACUGGAGGAACAAAUCUCGGGAUUUUCGGUUUCCCUAAUAAAGACAAAAGUUUUUCUGAAGCUCCCCAAAUUCAAAAUCGAAUUCACCAAAGAACUAAGCGAUAUUCUUCAAAAUAUGGGCAUCAAAAAAGCAUUUGAGGAAGAUGCAGCGAACUUUACUGACUUAGUGAAUAAGGACGGCGUAUAUAUCAGCAAAGUCAAGCAAAAGGCCUUCAUAGAGGUCAAUGAAGAAGGUGCCGAGGCAGCGGCUGUUACAGUAGCUGAAACCAGUAUGUAUAUAAGCAUGCCCCUACCCUCUGAAAGAUUCGUUGCAGAUCAUCCGUUUGCCUAUGUCAUUCGUGAUGAGAAUACCAUUUACUUUCAAGGUCACUAUGUUAACCCAGAGGCAAAAUGAGAAGCCACUUUAAAAUAAAAAUUCGAUAGGUUGACAAA